AUGGUUAGCCCAAGAGCCACUCGAUGGCAAGACCGCCUUCCGCACGCACUUCGCCUGCGCGUCAGCGCCUGCACUGAGUCCCAAGCGCAUUCUUCCCGCAUCCCCUGCUUGCUGAGGUUCUUCAUUUUCUCCGCCGUGUGUACCCUAGCCUACAUUGGCGGUGUGAUUCCACACUCUAGACCAGCGCCGCCAAAACCUUCGACACGCUACGAUCUUCCUGGAGGAUUCGGAAGAGUGAUUUCUUCGGACGAGGCGAUUUCUACCCGCGACGGAAUCUCGUUGGAUUCAUCGUGGGAUCUGCGCGAUGACGAGGUGCUGCCUGGAGUGUCGCACGCGCGACUGGCGAAAUGGCGAGCCUCCGCCGCGCGAUCACGGCUGAGCGCCGCAGCUGACGCUGAUACCACGGCUAGAGCUACACGGGUUGACGCCGCUCGAGCCGACGACGAAGCUUCCUAUUCUGACCGCAAGGGAAAGCGUGAAGGUGGUGACGAGCUGUGCGGCUGGCCGGCUCCCGCUGCUCCUGCGCGCGAGACGGAGGAGGGGUUUCAGGGGGACUCGGUGUGGUACAGCACGAACGGCAGCGAGUGGAUGCAGCACGGAUAUCUGGAGAUGCUUCUAGCGGAGAUGGCAGGGCGCAGAGGGGUACUAGCGGGGAUUGCGGGGGACGAAUCGGAGGCUGUAUGCGUGGCGGUGUAUCUGCCACCUCAUUGGUUCCCCUGCUCCGACUCGCCAGCUGGCUGCCAGCUGGCGGUGUGGGUCCGCCCCGCGUCGUCCGACGUGGCGCUGCUGUACCACCUGCUCGACACGCGCGGCUUCCGCUUCCUGCGCCCCUCGCUGCUGCCCCACUUCCGCCCGUCCGCCAUCCUUGAUGCGGGCGCCAACAUCGGGCUCGCCUCCCUUAUCUUCGCCCUGCGCUUCCCCCGUGCGCUGAUAGUGGCAGUGGAGCCGGCACGGGACAACUUCGCCCUGCUGCAGCGCAAUGUGAAGCACCUGCCCCGGAUACUGCCAGUCAAUGCCGCCCUCUGGUCGCACGACACCCGGAUAGCCGUCACAGCCGGUCGCAGGGAGGGCUUCUGGGCCCACUCACCUGCUCCCGCCUCCCCCUGCAUGCCCGCAGUCUCAGUGCCGUCGCUGCUGCAGCGCAUGCAGGUGCCACGGUUCGACUACGCGAAGAUUGACAUUGAAGGCGCUGAGAUCGAGGUGUUCUGCUCUGCUGCCCUGGCCAGGGCAGGCGGAGGAGGGGGAGGAGGAGGGGGAGGGGGAGGGGGAGGGGGAGGGGGAGGGAGAGGGAGAGGGAGAGGGCAAAGAGAAGAGGGUGAAGGAGAAGGAGAAGUGGGAGCAGAGUGGCAGCAUGAUGUGGCAGUGGUGUCAGUGGAGGUGCAUGAGGACUUGGCGCCAGGGAUAGGCGCGUGCAUGGAGGGGGUGUAUCCGCGCACGCGGUAUGACGUGCGCACAUACGGGGAGAACACUGUUUACUUUAGCCCCCACGUGUGGGUGCAUGCACUCAAGCCAUUGGAUCUGAGUGUGCGGUAA